CAAGCUCAACCUUGCUUGGCGAGACAUAUCAUCAUCAAAUCCAAUAGUGCUUCUUGAUUGACUGAGUGGGCGCUUCGUGCUAGAAUUGACGUGAUACACCAGUCGAGCGAGAAAUGCUCUGGAAGUCAGAACACCCCGAUCUGGACAUACCUAGCAAUGUGACGACUUGGGAAUGGGCGUUUGAAUCGAAAGAAUACUCGCCAACACAAUACGCAGAGCCAGAAAACAUUGGCUUCUACGAAAAUGCCAUCACGAAAGAACGCUUGAACUACUCCCAAGUCAAAGAUGUUGCAACAAAAUUAAGCACUGCUUUGGUGCGUGACUAUGGACUUCGACCUGGAGAGACAGUGUCCAUCCUGGCCACCAAUACCGUAUGGUACCCAGUCGCUCUGUGGUCAACGAUCAGAGCCGGUGGACGCAUCAAUGGAGCCUCUCCGGGAUACAAUGUGGACGAGAUGACUUAUGCAUUGAAAACUGCAAAGACGAAAAUAUUGUUCACUCUACCGAAUUCGCUUGAUGUUGCUGUCGCCGCGGCCAAGAAUGCGGGCAUCCCGUCAAUCCAAGUGUUUCUGCUCGAAGGAAGCAGACCAGGCUUCAAUAAUAUUCAAGAUCUCCUUCACAUCGGCUCGAGGUACGCUCCAGGUCGGCCAUAUAGCAUUCCAUCAGGGAAGACGAACGAAGAGAUCUGCGGGUACCUCAACUUCAGCUCUGGCACAACAGGACUUCCCAAGGCAGUGAUGCUCUCACACCAUAACCUCAUAGCCCAAUGCCAUCAGCUUCGCCAGCUGCAAGUCAUCGAACCAGGAGAACGUCUCCAAGCGCUCGCCGUCACCCCCCUUUUCCACAUCACAGGCCUCGUCCGAUACAUUCACUACCCAAUCCUGAUGAACGGCGUAUCAAUCAUGCUCCCCUCCUUCGACAUGGACUCCAUGCUCCGCACCAUCAUCACCUACCGCAUCCACGAACUAAUCCUCGUCCCACCCAUCGUCAUCCGCAUCGUCAAAGACCCCAUCGUAACAAAAUACCUCCCAGACCUCCAACGAAUCGUCAAACGCUGGUCCUCAGGCUCCGCUCCCACUCCACCAGAAAUCAUCGCCCUCUUGCAAAAGAAAUUCCCAAACACCGGUUUCCGUCAAGGCUACGGCGCUACAGAAUCUACAGCUUGUAUUUCCUGCCAUCCAUCCUCUCAUUACGAUUACAAAUACGCAACCACAGGUGGGAAACUCUGCGCGAAUACAGUCGCGAAAGUUCUCUCACUCGAAGAUCCUACGAAAUCUCUUGGACCGAACGAAACGGGGGAAAUUUGUGCUCGAGGACCGCAAAUCGCAAUGGGAUAUCUCGAUAAUCCUAUCGCUACAGCUGAAACUUUCGACAAAGAAGGUUUCUUCCACACAGGUGAUGUAGGAUAUAUCGACUCCGAAGGCUUAAUCCACAUCUCCGACCGUAUAAAAGAAAUGAUCAAAGUUCGCGGUCAACAAGUGGCUCCUGCGGAAUUGGAAGAUGUGUUGCAAGGACAUUCUGCUGUGGAGGAUGUUGCGGUUUUGGGGAUUGAAGAUGAGUAUUCUGGAGAAAAACCUAAGGCUUAUGUUGUAGUGAAACAAGAUGGUGGGUGGGAGGGGGAAGGGAGUGAGGAGUUGGGGAGGGAGUUGUUGGAGUAUGUGAAAGAGAGGAAGAGUCGGUUUAAGUGGUUGAAGGAGGUGGAGUUUGUGAGGAGUGGGCAGGGGAUUCCGAAGAGUCCGACGGGGAAGUUGUUGAGGAGGGUGUUGAAGGUGGGGGAUAGGGAUGGGAAGAGGGUGAGGGGGGUUGUUGUUAGGGAGGAGGGUGGAGCGGGUGGGAGGGCGAAGUUAUAGAGAUGGAAUUGAAUGUGGGUACGUAUGCAAAAGCGAAAUACAGCAUCCGUGCAUGAUACAGUACAUACCGUGCGUGAGAUAUGGCAUCGCAAUCGCAUUUGUUGAUGCUUCGGUAGCGUAGCCGAUCAGCCCUAACAAGUCCGUGCGUCACUUCCAUCUACGCGUGGAGAUCGCGCUUCGAUGUCA